UCAUACAGUAUGAUGUUCCGCAUUCAUAGAGAAACUACCAAUUAUAAUUUUGCUUCCUCUUUCUGUUUGAUUUUGGGUUGAUAACUUGAGUUUUGAGGAAAUGGCGCGUCUGUGUAGUUCAAAAACUAUUACUCCGAUCAGAGAGCUAGAACUACUUUUUACUUCUUGUAAAUAGUAGGACAGAAAAGGCAACAUGGUCAUCACGGUACUGGUCGUUGUCCUGUUUUUAGGAGUAAAUACAGCAAACGUGGAGUCUGCCAGAGAGGAUGUUUUGAGAUUUGCGUUGAUCAAAGCCGAUCUUUUUCAGGUUGUGAAAAAAGUGAACGAGAGGUUUCUGUCUGUGACUAUAGACGCAAAUUUGAUUUCUGAAGAGAAGUACGUCGACAUUUUAAGGUCUCAAAAGCUGAAGACGCUCGCGAAAGCCUUGUCACCGGGAUUUUUACGAUUUGGUGGAACGAAAGCCGACUUCAUGAUAUUUUCCCCCAGAAAUGAUUCCAUAAAACAAAGAGAUUUCAAGAGCACUUCUGAGUUUCAAGGAAAUGUUUGCAACAGACAGAAUCUUCCGUCCAUCUUGGAAGAAAGACUCAAAUCUGAAUGGGCACUAGAGGCCACUCGCCUCCUGGAGGAGAAUGACAAUUUGUACAAAACCAUCAAAUUUUCAGAAACAACUGUAGACACAUUGUACAGUUUCGCUAACUGUUCUGGUCUGCACCUCAUCUUUGGACUCAAUGCCUUGCUCAGAACAGACAGCAAUAAAUGGGACAGUGAAAAUGCAGAGAAACUCCUGGGAUACUGUGAAUCCAAGCAAUAUAACAUGUCCUGGGAACUGGGAAAUGAGCCAAACAGCUUUGAGAAGAAGGCAGGAAUUCAGGUUGAUGGACAUCAGCUGGGCAAGGACUUCAUUCAUCUUCAUGACAUUUUGAGGAAGUCCAGGCUGUUUCAUUCCUCAGGACUGUAUGGGCCGGAUGUAGGCCAGCCCCGAGAGCACACAAAGGAUUUACUAGGAAGGUUUUUGGAGAUUGGUGGAAAAGUCAUAGACUCCUGUACCUGGCACCACUAUUACGUUAAUGGCAGAGACGCGUCACUGGAAGAUUUUCUUGAUCCUGAUGUACUGGACACUCUUGCUACUAAAACAGAAGAAGUCUUUCGGAUUGUUGCAGAGUCAUCUCCUGGGAAGAAGGUCUGGCUGGGGGAGACAAGCUCAGCCUACGGAGGAGGAGCUCUGGGACUCUCUGACACUUACGCUGCUGGGUUUAUGUGGUUAGACAAACUAGGAAUGGCUGCAAAGCUUGGCAUCGAUGUCGUCAUUAGGCAGGUGCUGGUUGGUGCUGGGUUCUACCAUUUGGUAGAUUCCAAUUUUGACCCACUUCCUGAUUUCUGGCUGUCUCUGCUGUACAAGAAGCUAGUUGGUCCCGAGGUGCUUAAUACUACAGCUGUUACCAGUCAAGGAUCGAGAACCAAACGACUCCGUGUGUACCUGCACUGCAGCAACAGAAAAGGCCAAAAUGUUGAGAAAGGAGCCGUCACCUUGUUUGCCUUGAAUUUGAGUAAAAGAACAGCCAGGAUCAUCCUGCCUCCACAAAUUUCCAACAAGACAGUGGAUCUUUUCCUUCUCCAGCCCGGGGAAGGACGGAUUGACUCCAGGUCUGUCCUGCUGAAUGGGGAGGUUCUGAAGAUGGUGGAUGAGAAGACAUUGCCAGUUCUGAAAGGCACCCCAAUCGCCGCAGGCACUCCGCUUCAGCUCCCUGGCCUGUCCUUUGCCUUUUAUGUGAUAAAAGAUGCCCAGGUGCCUGCUUGCACAUGAAGCCACGUGUGUUUGUGGUGUUAUAAUACUGAGCUACUGUAAUGCAGGAAAGGUUUGACUAUGGAAUUGGAAAAUUGGAAGUUAAAAGUGGUAGAUUUAUUCCACAGGUUGUUUACACUAUCCAUGUGUAAUAUGCACCCCGAUAAGAUGGAUCCUUAGAGGGUAUUGGAUACCUGUCUGUUUACAAUGAACAGCCAUGUCGUUUCAGCCCACAAAAGUAUCAUGUACAGUAUGUGGUACUAUCCUUGUGCAGGCAGGGUCUUUUCCAGAUAACCAUGAGAUUGCAAAAUCUGAGAUCUCUGGGCAGACAGAUAGUGAGCCCAUUUUUGUGCAAUGGAGCCUUGCAAGAUAGAAAGGAGCUCAAGAGGAUCAAAUAGACAAAAAUGUAUUAGUGUGGCUCUUCUUUCUUUUCCUGCAGGAACAAACUAAAGUGACAAAGGUGUGUGUUUAACAAUAAGAACCAUACUUGGAUUUUUUGUUAUUUAUUUAAAAAUGAGAUGUGCUUUAAUGGUCCUUAAAGCUAUAUUCAGUGAUUAAGUUUUAUCUUCAGAGAAAAAGGGACUUCAUUUGAUUUAUACAUGUGCUUUUUUUUUAGAGUGCUUGUAUGGGAAUUAACUAAAAGUUUUACUAAAUGUUUGUAUUAUAUCUUGUUAGCUAUAUUUUUCUGUACUUAUAUUUUAUAAACUCUGCCUCAGGAUGUCUUGUCUCAAAAGAUAAUAUAGCCACACUAUUCUUUACACAUAGCUGAUAUAGUUCUCAGGGAAAUGACCGUGUGAGCUCUUCUGGAACAAAUGGUCUGUUCAGUUACAAGCAGAAGGGGCUGCUUGUCAUGCAAGCCAGCAGUAAAGAACAUAUAGGUACUGUACUGGUCAGCUUUCUAAAAUAACCAUAUAUAGCCACAAUGCAAUCGGAGAUUCAUAUGGGAGUGUAUCUUGUAUCGUUUGUUUCACUGCAUAAAAGAGCACUGUAGGCAUUGUCUUCUGAAUCUUGCGUACAAGAGCAAGACUCCCAUACUGUAUGCAUAUGAAAUAAAGAAGUCUUUCAACAGACAAA